AUGGUUCUACUGACGAAAAGGUUCUCCAAGGUCUUCAAGCUGACGCUGGUGGCUGCUCUGUUCUUCUUGGCUUUUGUGCUAUCCAGCAGGUAUGUAGACAAGGAUUUGCCAUCGCGCGAAUACCGCCAAUACUUGCAGGACUACAUCGACACAUACACUGGGGGUAGUGGGAGCAAAGACGUGGGACCUGAAAAGGGCAAGAACCCGGCGGCUGCAAUCAAAGCCAGUAAUCAGUUCCUCGGCGAUGAACGUGGGGCUAAAAACGCGGGGACGUCGUUCGGUAAAGAUACAAAGAAUCCAGUGGCAGCAGAGUCUACAGCGGCCGAUAAGCGCAAAGAGGGCAUGCAGCAAUUCUACAAGCAGGUGUUUCACAGUCUGCGAAUGAAUUCCCCCAUGGGUAAAUCGGCACGUCAAUACGACCCACGUUGCAAGCUCAAUGGGGACAUUGGUGCCCGUCCCGAUGACUACGAAAAUUGGUCUAAAUUGACGAGUAAAAACCUGGGCGAGUGCCUCAUCAUUUCGCCGAAGGAAAAGCAAACGCUCAAAAGCAAGCAUCGCGACUACGUAGAAAGUUUGCAGAAGCUGGUUCUACCCAAGGGAACCUACAAAGGCGACGGGAUCGUCACCGUGGGUGGCGGUAAGUUCUCGAUGCUUGCGUUUUUGAUCAUCAAGACGUUGCGAAACCUAGGUACUACGCUACCGGUGGAAGUAUUUAUUCCUCCCAAAGACGAAGGCGAAGAAGAGUUUUGUAACGUCUUGCUGCCCAAAUACAACGCCAAAUGUAUUUUCAUCUCGGAUGUUCUGCCUGACGAUGUCAUCGACAAUUUCGACUUCAAGGGGUAUCAGUUCAAGUCAAUCUCGAUCAUUGCCUCGAGUUUCGAAAAUCUGCUUCUUUUGGACGCUGACAAUUUCCCUAUCAAGCCUCUGGAUCAGAUUUUCGAAGGAGAGCCUUACACGAGCACUGGUAUGGUACUAUGGCCCGACUUUUGGAGACGUACAACAAAUCCAGCAUACUAUGAUAUUGCGGAUAUUCCUAUCAACUACCAGAAAAGGGUGCGGAACUGUAUGGAUGAUAUCACACCUCCGCAAGUAUACACUCCUGAUCUGUCUGACCUAUCGGACGUCCCGCUCCACGACCUGGAGUCUACGAUCCCCGAUGUCUCGACCGAAUCGGGCCAACUAAUGAUCAGCAAAUCUAAACAUUUACCCACUGUGUUGCUAUCAUUGUACUACAAUGUCAAUGGACCAUCCUGGUACUACCCCAUCUUCUCGCAGAAGGCCUCUGGAGAAGGUGACAAAGAAACUUUUAUCGCUGCUGCCAAUUACUACGGGCUGUCUUCAUACCAAGUCAAAUCUGUGACAGCUGUCGAUGGGUACCAUCAACCUUCAGGGUUCAGAGGUGUUGCGAUGUUGCAGCACGAUUUUGUGCAAGAUCACCAACGCUACAAGUGGGCCUCUAGUGAAAUCAAUGCCAAGUAUGGGGAUCAGUCGGGGGCUUCUAUUGCGAUAGACCCCGAGUACUCACCCGAGGCCGUUUACAAGACCUAUUUUGAACCCGAAGAUCGCAAAGAAGUCGACAUCAUGUUUGUUCACUCGAAUCUUCCGAAGUUUGAUCCCUUCACGUUGUGGUCUGACCAGGAUCUAAUUGUGGACGGAAAGCAUAUUCGCUCCUACACGAACUUGAAACGGCUCAACGGAUACGAUCUCGAGCUGGAAAACUUCCGUGCUUUCAAGCAAUAUCUGUGCAAGCAACGCUCUCACUUCAAGUACCUGGACGACAACUUGGGCACCGACCGUAGAAAGUGGCAACAGAUGUGCACAUAUAUAUCCGAUAGACUACGGUUUUUGGAGAAAACUCACUUGGAGGCCACCGGUGCAAAAUAA